AUGUCCCAUACUGUCUCAGAAGCCACUGAUUUCGGUGACUUAUUUAGCACAUCUUUCAACCCAUUCGUUAAUUCAUUCCAACAGUCGACUCCCUCAACACGGCAGGGACGGCAUCUGCGGCCCCAACAAACACGGCAGGGGCGGCAUUUGUGGCCCCGACAAACACGGCGUACGGAACGGCCUACACAGUCUCAUACCUCUUCCUUCAUUAUCAACCAAGGUCUUGACUUCCUCCGCCAAGAACACGCAUCUCGUGUAUAUGCCUUGAGCAUGUUCCCGCCCGAAAUUUCUUCGCCGCACAUACGCCAAUCCGUAGCUCGCUUUGAGAACAACAUGGCUCUUGCUAGCCGAGAUACCAUAUGUUGUUCAUGUGGUAUGCUUGUCAUUCUUGCUAAGACAAGCCGAUUUUUAGAUGGAGAUUCUCUGCUGCUGCCUUUAGAAGGAUUCCUCGAUACCUGCGGCUACAAUGAAGGCUUCUGGAAUCUGUGCUCUACAUGCCACGCUGCACUUCUUCGAGGAUCAUUUCUGAAAUUUUCCGGCAAGAACAAUAUAAAUGUCACUCUUUGUCAGCACUAUCCAGAAGCCCUCAAGGACCUUACUCUAACUGAAGAAUAUCUCAUCACUAUGUCCCACCCUGUUGGAGUGGUCGUUAAAUUGCGCCCAGGGGGACAAACGACCCAAAACCUCUUCUUCAAAUACUACCAAGCCCUAAUCUAUAGUUCACUGAGCUCAUCAAAUGUUCGUAAAUAUAAGGUGCUUGCUGCUCUUCGCUAUCUCGUGCGAUAUAACCCCUUGUACGGAGACCAAGUUAUAUAUUUGGGUAACACGGAUCACCUCGAACGGGCGGGCUACAGUGUCAAUUUGCAAGAAGGCAACUACGAGAACGACUGGCGGGCCGUAGAGGACCACCGUGACCAUUUUACCGACGACGCUCUUCCAGUCACCGCUUCUGUUACUAUUGACUUGAAAGGGGAUCGCCAGAACCCCGACCUACGUCUGCUGAACACGAUGUAUACCCUUAUCGAUGACCCACCGCCUAACAUACAACCUCUAUAUACCCCCACGAGCCACGCGAGCCAAACUGCUCGACUCGCUACUGCUCAGCAACGAAACCCAGUGAUCGAAUAUGGUAUUCGAGGCCAGGCAUCACUUCUUAACCAAUGGCAAGACCCUCAUUAUCUAACAUCUGCUUUUCCUGCGCUUUUCCCGGCGGGUAUUGGCGGCCACUUGGACCAUCUCACCAUAGCCGCAGGCAAGCCUUUCUCUAGCCAGCUGGGCAAUAGCUGGCUGAAAUUUCCAGCUACGGAAUUCGUGUCUUGGCAAUUCUCUUCUCAUCAAGCGAUCCUAGUGGACUGCGACGACUACUCAAGAACAUCACUGCCAUCGGUGUACAAGUACCAGGAUCCUUUUUCCAAACAUUAUAGAUGCGAGCAGAACUUCGAGGUCUUCUCGUUCGGGAAGUGUUCAACUGACCUCUCUGUCAACGUAGCAUCGGCCAUUCGAUACGCGACAGCGACGUCAGACCCUGUUACUGUAGCGAGAUCUUUCACUAUAUAUGCAAGGCGGCUCCUCGGUAGCAAAAGUACCGACAUUGGUAUUCUUGGGGAAGUUUCUAAUUACUUUAGUGUAGUGGAAAGUAAUGGACGAGGCAUAUUAUAUCUCCACACAUUGGUGUGGGUUCGCGGCAAUCUUGAUUUCAUCCGACUACGUGACCUUAUCCUUGCAGACGAUGAUUUUGCAAGCCGAAUGAUUGGCUUCUUAGAAUCUAUCGUGAAGCAUAGCUUACAUAACUCUCAUAAGGACCAGACACCGCUAUCUCCAACACAACCCCUCCUUCGACUGGCUUGGAAACGGACUCGGAAUUCAUUCAGAACCUCUCCUAUAAUAGCAAUCGUGUUACUCAUACUAAACAGCUUCAUUCCAAACGGCACACGGCAACUUACUUUAAAUACCGCCCGCAAAGAUCAAACAACAAUGUCUAUCGCUUCGGCAUGCCUCGCGACCUUCUAG